AGUUGUUCCGUCCUGUCAGAGCUACAGCUGAGUUGGUGAUACAGUAUGUCAAGCAAGCCUCUUAUCGAGCUAAUUUUGUGUUGAUACUGUACGAAUAGACUACUGUAACACUACUACUUCUAAGUAUGAACUGAAGUGUUUGUCUGCUUACUUGCUUUGGAUAAAUGAAUGGCAAACAUUAUAGAUGUCGAGAAUGCAGGGGAUCUUCAAUCUCAAGUAUGUACCCUACUGUUGAACAGAACUCAGGGCUGGGCAUGACUGAAGUUCACAUGAGUGGAGAGCGUGACCCAUAUGUUUGUACUUUGACUCAUACUUUUAAUAUAUUUGACUCAACUGUCAAAACAGACGAGUGAAAGUUUACAGAUAAUUUGCUUUUAGAUGAAUAUAUUAUUAUUAUUAUAACUCAAUAUUACACUAUUUUCUUCAUCAGAUCGAAGAGGUCGAGGCACUUUCCUCCAUAUACGGUGACGAAUGGUGUGUUAUUGAUGAAGCAGCAAGAAUAUUUUGUAUCAAAAUAACUGAUGAUAUAGACCAUCCAAAACUGAAAGCAUGUUUACAGGUAAUUGUUUCAUAAAAUGUGUGUGUGUUUAAAAAGUUUCAGAGCAGUGUAAGACAAUAAUAACUCAAGAGUUUAAUUUCCAUAAUUAGAUCAUUCUCCCACAUGAUUACCCGAGUGCAGCGCCACCUGUCUACCAAAUAAAGUAAGCUUAUGUCGGGUUUUACAGUACAGUACACUUACACUACCUCUGAUAAACAUGCAUCAGGCAUAAAAAAAAAGGUCAUUAUUAAGACUAACAUUUGAGCCAUAUUCUGCCUUCUCUCGAAUCUGCAGUGCAGCAUGGUUGCGAGGGCCCUGAUAGAAUGACCCUGUCCAACAGCCUUGAGGAGCUCUAUGUGUAAGUGGAUUUCAUAAUCACUGACAUGAAGCACAGACUAGUUAUCCCUGAAGAUGGAGGGGAUGCCGUCAUAAGGCUAACCUAAAGAUGGAUUGCCUGAUGGUGAAGCCAUGUUAGCUCGCGUUAUUGCUGAUUACAGUCCAUUACCCUGUCUCACCCAUGUCUCUGAGGAGAUAUGCCUCCACUGACAUCAAACUAACCAGUGGUGUCUUUCCUAACAGGGAGAAUACUGGGGAGAGCAUCCUCUACCUCUGGGUGGAGAAGAUCCGGGAGUUCCUCCUGGAGAAAUCCCAAAGCACAGACACAGGUGAGAAUCACAUGUCACGUCUGAUUGAUAGUAUGCUUUAUUGUUACACUAGAGGGCAGUAAAUACAUUAUUUUUUCCAACUCCAGAAAUCCAAUUACAAAAGUGUGCACCCCAUUGCCUUCCUCAUAUAGAUAGAUAUCAAUGCCAAUGAGCUCAAACAGAAAAACUUUUGAGAAAGCUUGAUUUCGAUCUCCUUUCUUGGAGAUGACAGUCAGAAAUCUGGGGGUCUUUCAUUCAGGUCUUUGAUGUGCUCCCAUGCAUCAUUGUGCUAAGAUGAACACGACUUGGUGGGUGGUAUAUGAAAAGCCCUCUUUCCUGUUUCUGUAAUUGAACUGAAUGAAGAUCAGUAUCUGAGUAAUGGCUUUCAGUGCUGUGAGCCUGUGAUGAAACCUUUGUCAAAGAUUUUAAAAAAGAGACUGAGGAAAGAGAAGUACAUUUGGUUGUUUGUUUUAGUGUCUUUGAAAAUGGUUUUCUAUGAAUGGAUGAGUCUUAAUGCCUUUUAUUCCCCUUUUUGAAUACCAAGAAAGACAGGAUCUCAUAUUAUUCGAACUCUAUUCACUUUCUAAAGCCGUUAAGCUUGUAUUAGCUAAUUAAGCACAUUGCUUUAAUUUAGUACUAUUUCAAUGAAUGACUAUGGAAUCCAUACAUAUGGAUGCAGUCCUAUCAUUGUAAUUAUGUUCUUUCUCUCUGUACAGUUGUUAUGAUCAACUGAAAUAGGGGGAAGUAGAGAAUGUGUAUGCUGUGAAAAUUAGAUGCUGGGUAUAGGUCACAGAGCAUCCUUGCUUUAGAGGAAAUAAUUCCGUUUGGAGCACAUUCAUAAAAGUAUAAAAGGCAAGUCGAAAAUGGUACUGUUUGUUCAAAUUACAGCUUGUCUCUUCCAUAAUGAGCAACUGAUUUGGGCAAUGGUUGGUGUUAAUGCCCUCUGAACCUUAAUUUACAUUUCUUCUCAUUGCAAUGUUUUCCCCUUUUUAAUGAACUACUAUUCAAAAUGCAAUCAUUUUACUUGUGGAAGCAUCGUUAUCUAGAUUAAAAGCUGUCAGAGAAGUGAUUUGGGAUUCUUUGAUGAAAAGGCCUAUACAGUGGGGUCCAAAAUUAUUGACACCGUUGAUGAAGAUGAGCAAAAAUGACUGCAUAAAAUAAAUAAUUCAAAUACUGAGCUAUAUUGUAUCCACCACGGUAUUUUACAGUAGGUAUGGGGUUCUUUUCUGCUUAUUCAUUCUCAUUUCAACACCAAACCCACCACUGGUGUGAGUGGCCAAAGAGCUCUAUUUUCAUGUCAUCCAACAAAUGUAAAUGUCUGGAGUUUGCUAGACAGCAAUGGCACUUGAAUUGGAACUGGUGCUUUGGUCAGAUGACAUGAAAAUAGAGCUCUUUGGCCACUCACACCAGUGGUGGGUUUGGCGUUGAAAUGAGAAUGCAUAAGCAGAAAAGAACCCCAUACAGUGAGGGAAAAAAGUAUUUGAUCCCCUGCUGAUUUUGUAUGUUUGCCCACUGACAAAGACAUGAUCAGUCUAAAAUUGUAAUGGUAGGUUUAUUUGAACAGUGAGAGACAUAAUAACAACAAAAAAAUCCAGAAAAACACAUGUAAAAAAUGUUAGAAAUUGAUUUGCAUUUUAAUGAGGGAAAUAAGUAUUUGACCCCUCUGAAAAACAUGACUUAGUACUUGGUGGCAAAACCCUUGUUGGCAAUCGCAGAGGUCAGAAGUUUCUUGUAGUUGGCCAUCAGGUUUGCACACAUCUCAGGAGGGAUUUUGUUCCACUCCUCUUUGCAGAUUUUCUCCAAGUCAUUAAGGUUUCGAGGCUGACGUUUGGCAACUCAAACCUUCAGCUCCCUCCACAGAUUUUCUAUGGGAUUAAGGUCUGGAGACUGGCUAGGCCACUCCAGGACCUUAAUGUGCUUCUUCUUGAGCCACUCCUUUGUUGCCUUGGCCGUGUGUUUUGGGUCAUUGUCAUGCUGGAAUUCCCAUCCACGACCCAUUUUCAAUGCCCUGGCUGAGGGAAGGAGGUUCUCACCUAAGAUUUGACAGUACAUGGCCCCGUCCAUCGUCCCUUUGAUGCGGUGAAGUUGUCCUGUCCCCUUAGCAGAAAAACACCACCAAAGCAUAAUGUUUCCACCUCCAUGUUUGACGGUGGGGAUGGUGUUCUUGGGGUCAUAGGCAGCAUUCUUCCUCUUCCAAACACGGCGAGUUGAGUUGAUGCCAAAGAGCUCGAUUUUGGUCUCAUCUGACCACAACACUUUCACCCAGUUCUCCUCUGAAUCAUUCAGAUGUUCAUUGGCAAACUUCAGACGGCCCUGUAUAUGUGCUUUCUUGAGCAGGGGGACCUUGCGGGCACUGCAGGAUUUCAGUCCUUCACGGCGUAGUGUGUUACCAAUUGUUUUCUUGGUGACUAUGGUCCCAGCUGCCUUGAGAUCAUUGACAAGAUCCUCCCGUGUAGUUCUAGGCUGAUUCCUCACCGUUCUCAUGAUCAUUGCAACUCCACGAGGUGAGAUCUUGCAUGGAGCCCCAGGCCGAGGGAAAUUGACAGGUCUUUUGUGUUUCUUCCAUUUGUGAAUAAUCGCACCAACUGUUGUCACCUUCUCACCAAGCUGCUUGGCGAUGGUCUUGUAGCCCAUUCCAGCCUUGUGUAGGUCUACAAUCUUGUCCCUGACAUCCUUGGAGAGCUCUUUGGUCUUGGCCAUGGUGGAGAGUUUGGAAUCUGAUUGAUUGAUUGCUUCUGUGGACAGGUGUCUUUUAUACAGGUAACAAGCUGAGAUUAGGAGCACUUUAAGAGUGUGCUUCUAAUCUCAGCUCGUUACCUGUAUAAAAGACACCUGGGAGCCAGAAAUGUUUCUGAUUGAGAGGGGGUCAAAUACUUAUUUCCCUCAUUAAAAUGCAAAUCAAUUUAUAACAUUUUUAACAUGCGUGUUUCUGGAUUUUUUUGUUCUCUCACUGUUCAAAUAAACCUACCAUUAAAAUUAUAGACUGAUAAUUUCUUUGUCAGUGGGCAAACGUACAAAAUCAGCAGGGGAUCAAAUACUUUUUUCCCUCACUGUAGUCAAGGCAGAAAGGGCCUUCAAAGUCACUCAAACACAUCAUGGGACACAAAUAUAUACAAUCACAAAUACACAUUGAAUUCAUUUCCCAGCCUGUCCAUCUUUCUACUUCUCUCACAGUGGAGCAACCAGAGGUGAGAAAUAUGGCAACAGAGGAGGAGGAAGUGGCGGAUGAUGAAGAAAUGCCAGAUUACCGCGCUCUGAAGCUGAACACAGAGAAUGCACACCUCUUCGAAAAUCACUCAAGUGGUAUGGCACUGACUGCAUAUUCUUGAAUAGAGAAAUAAUAAAAAAAACUAGUGGAAUUUCUAAGCCUCAAUUAUACACUUAUCUGAAAUGAAGUAACAGUUUACAUUUUGUAUAUAAACUGAAUUGUGCUUGCUGCCCACAUGUUAAUCCAGUGUUAAUUGGUUAUUCCGUGUGCUUUUUAUUUUUGUGUUUAUAAAUCUUUGUAGAUGAGGAACUACCUCCUAUUAAACUGGGGGAGACGAUAACAGAAAGACGCAGCACCUUCCAACCGCACCUAGCCCCUGUGGUAACACCUAGACAGGUACUGUGUAGGCCCUCACCUGUCUCCCUCCUCUCUCUGACUAUAUUACAUGAAUAUUCUCACAUCCAUCACAGAACGAGUUAGGCAAGGAAAUCACAAGCCUUAUAAUCUUCAAAACCAUGCUAGACAAUGCUACCCUGUUGGGAGAGAGAAGAAGCUGUGAGUUAAAGCUCAUGUGGAGAGGAUGUCAUUUCAAUGCUAAUGUGCCUCCAAUAUGGAAAACUAAACAUCCUCAGGCUGUGCUCCUGCUGUUAAAUGUUCUCAGGAGAAAAACAGAAAGAGCUGCUUUAAACAUAUCUCACCUGCCAUCAUAUGCAAUUUAGACAGUGAUGAUUAUGUAAUUUCCUGGAGAGUACAUUAACUGUGUAGAUGUGAUGGGAACGUAAUUACAGUGCACAUUGUACCAUAAGCAUCAACAGUUAACUAUUAAACAACUGUAUGCGUCUCUUUUUACAUGCUGUACAUUUUCAGUAUUACGAUUACCCACCCAAUAUACAAGUAGGCUAUUUUUAUAAGAAAACUGUUUAUACAAACUUUUGAAAUAAAGUUAUCUAAUAUAUUGUCAUGAGUAGGAGUCAACCGCUCCUGUUUGGGGUUUUAUCUUAGUUUUUCUGUUGGAUAUGCAAUCUGUUUGAAGAGGAAUCAAGCAGACAUUGUGUUGAAAAUGAUUACCCUCAUCUUUAUGCACCACACAGGAGUUCUCAGAUGAGAGUGGGGUACCUUUCUGUCUUUACUGCAGAAGUUGUACUUUGGGGAUAGAUGUAUCCCAUCAUACUUCUAAUGUUGAGAGUAUGAUUAGAGGAAAGGAGGCAAUUCAAACAGAUUUGUUUUUGUGUUUCAGGUUAGAAUGGUUCUUGAAAAGCUGUAUGAAAACAAGAAGAUUGCAAGUGCCACUCACAAUAUUUAUGCAUACAGGUAGAGCAUCCAGUUUUGAAUAUACAUAACAUGUUUUAAUAUUCACAGUGGGUGUAUAUCUCUCUAAUCACACAGUUGAUCACUUGUUAUUUGAUGAUGAGAAAAAAAAAAGUAAUUUCUGUCAACAGAGCUCAUUAAGGCUCUUAGAGCUCAAGUACAAACAAGGUGGAAAAUAGGUUUAAUGAAUUACAUUGAGCCUUUAUGAGAUGCUUGAUAUGCUUUCUGGGUGGUCAUUAACCCAACAGGAGAUGCUGACAUUUAGAGCAUUGAAAGUUUCCUUCGAAGAGCCAUGCAGUUUACGUACAUUCUCAACCUAAAAGUCUCAACCAACUACAACCUUUAUUCUCUGUAUUGUAGGAUAUACUGUGAAGACAAGCAGAGUUUCCUGCAGGACUGUGAGGAUGAUGGAGAGACCGCAGCGGGAGGACGAUUGCUUCACUUACUACAGGUGCUUUUGCUCUCUGUCCACUUUGCUCCGUUCCCUCUAGUGCUUCAUUCAGUAUUCACACAGUUGCCUUAUGCCUCAGGGACCCAUUUUACGUUUUCAAACCAACCCUCUGUGGUUCACUGACCCUCUACUGUUUAUAACUUGAAUAUAAUGUUAAGUCGAAGGUAAUAUACAAUAUAUCCUAUUCAAUAUUCACUUUGAUAAGUAAGUAGCCUUGCACAAGCCUUGGCAGGAGCCUAUGUCCUGUUUCUGUAGCGUGAGGCAGCUUGAUGUACAAGUACACACCCUGUACGCUAGUCAUAUGGAAUUGUUUUAAGACUGUCAUACUAUGGAUCAUUUAGCUAUUUGAUUUUGAAUUUUAGGAAACCUUUAGGUAUUCAUUUAUUUUAUGAAAAAAUGAUUUGAUAAAAUAUAGAAUUUGGCCUUUACUACUAUAUCCCAGAGAAACGCAUUGAAUAACAUUAAUAAAUGGCAAAAAAUACAGUCAAAAAAUCAAUCAUAAGAAACAAACAUUUCUAAAAACCAGAUUUUCAGCUUUUCUAAAAAAGCUGGUUGAGAGAAUGACAAGAGUGUGCAAAGCUGUCAUCAAGGCAAAGGGUGGCUUCUUUGAAGAAUCUCAAAUAUAACAUAUAUUUUGAUUUGUUUAACACUUUUUUGGUUACUACAUGAUUCCGUAUGUGUUAUUUCAUAGUUUUGAUGUCUUCACUAUAAUUCUACAAUGUAGAAAAUAGUAAAAAUAAAGAAAACCCUGGAAUGAAUAGGUGUGUCCAAACUUUUGACUGGUACUGUAUAUAUAUUUGUUACCCACAUUUAUAACAAAAAUUGGGUUGGCACAAACUACCUUCAUACAGUACUUUUUUUACCGGUACCGGUUAUCUUCAGACGAGUCCCGUGAUACUUGUGGGGGUCAUAGAGCAAAACGGAGAACACCUUCGUGAGAGUCUCACCCUUUCCAUAAUAGUUUGUAGGUCAAACCGUUCGGACGCUACAGACGUUUUCGUGAGAGGACUGAUUUUCAGGAUAUGUCAUAGUCUGACAAACACCUCUUUAGCUCUGCCGGUGCAUCAAUCGACUCUAGGGAGUUCAUUAAUGCUGAAUGGCAAGCAGAGACUCAUUUUUACAGUCUUAAAAAAAAAAAAUUUUAUUUUUGAUAUACAGAUGUUCGAUUUGUUUAUUCUGCCUGUCCUUUGGAAUUUUCCAAAUGGAUUAACAAUUCCACAUUGAACACAGCAUGAUGAUGAAAUACGGCCAUGACAUCUGUUUGGUGAGUAGGCAUAUGCUCAAUGAUUCUGAUGGAACCUGUCUGUUUAGGGGGGUUAUAGCCUAGGCUAACCAAUUCUAAAUGGCACUAGCAGUUUUCAAAGUAGCAUAAGCUGAAAAUAGACGGGAAGCAAUUAUUCCAAAACUGCAGGGCAUUGUUGGAACAUAUUUUCCUACUUCAGUCAACCAGUCCAUUUCGAAUUUGUUGAGCUUUGACGUCCAUUCGAGUAUUCAUGCCCAUCCCUAAUUCAAGCAAGCAUUCAAUACUGUCCCAGUCAAUACUAGUGGGUACAGACUGAGGCUCCAACAAUCAAAUCGUUUUCAUGCCCUCUGUUUCAUGCAUUCGUAUUCACCCACAGCAUCCACAAAAUCAGCCGGCAUGAAUGCCAAAUGUCAGACUAUGACAGUGGGAGUGCACCACUGUGAAAUGCAUCAUUGGAUUUAUCUGCUGGAGUCCAGAGUCUUGUUUACACGUUUCUCAGAUGAAUCUGCCUUUGAUGGUAUCCCCUUGCCAAAAUCAAUAGCAAUGGACCAUGAAUGGGAUGAGACAUCUUGAAAGGAAUUUGUACUGAGCUGAACGGUUCAGCCUGAAUCUAUGCUCUGGACAAUAUGAUUUUGUCCAGUCGGUUCAAUGGAGACCGACUUAUGACUGACCAUAGCACUUGUUCCAAUCCAAGUGCCAAUGCCGUUUAUCAAACUCCAGACGGUGCUAUAUUCAAAUUACAUGAAGAUAGAGCUCUUUGGCCACAAACACCAGUGGUGGGUUAGGUGUUGAAAAACGGAAGUAUAUACAGAAAAGUACCUCAUACCUACUGUAAAAUAUGAUGGUGGAUCUUUGAUGUUCUGGGGCUAUUUUGCUUCCCCUGGUCCUGUGGCCCUUGUUAAGGUCAACGGCAUCAUGAACUUUACCAAGUACCAGGACAUUUUAGCCAGAAACCUGGUUGCCUCUGCCAGGAGGCUGACACUUGGCUGCAAGUGGAUCUUCCAGCUAGACAAUAACCCCAAGCACAAAUCAAAAUCCACAAAGAUGAUAUGGCCAAUAUCCCACGGCUAAGGGCUGUUCUUAAGCACGACGCAACGCGGAGUGCCUAGAUUUAGCUGUGGUAUAUUGGCCAUAUACCACAAACCCCCGAGGUGCCUUAUUGCUAUUAUAAACUGAUUACCAAUGUAAUUAGAACCAGUAAAAAUAAAUGUUUUGUCAUACCCAUGGAAUACGGUCUUAUAUCCCACGGCUUUCAGCCAAUCAGCAUUCAGUGCUCAAACCACCCAGUUUAUAAUUGACAUUUUGCAAUGGCCAUCUCAGUCUUCGGACUUGAACCCGUUUGAAAACUUGUGGUUUGAAUUUAAAAGGACAGUCCAUAACCGCAGAUGAAGGAUAUCAAGGAUCUGGAAAGAUUCUGUAUGGAGGAAUGGUCUAAGAUCCUUCCCAAUGUGUUCUCCAACUCAUAAAACAUUUUAGAAAAAUGUAUUGAAAGGUAUUGGAAAAACGGGGUGUCAAUCAUUUUGGCCCCUACCUUUUUGAGUAAAAAAAAUAUUACUUCUCUGAGCAAUUGUAUUAGUAUAAAAAUAUAUAAUUUCCCCAAUUUGUUGAGCAUACAAUAUAGCUCAGUAUUUGAAUUAUUUAUUUUAGUCUUUUUUGCUCAUCUUUCUCAAGGGUGCCAAUAAUUUUGGACCUGACUGUAUGUCAUCAUCUUUCCAUUGUCACUGAAUCUGACCUAACAAGUGAAGAGAAGAGCCUUCAGUCACCCCCCACCACUACCACCCAGGUGCUUUUGGGUAACAUUCUGAUUAAUGUUCUACUUGAACCUCUCAACACUGACAGGCAAUUUACUUUGAGGGCUCAUUCUAAAUCUCUUUUUCUCUCAUCUAUUUUCCUCUCAGACCCCUUCUUCGUCUCCUGGUUUUGAAUUUAGUAUUUACUCAUUUUGGCAGUACGAAUGUGAAGUGCAGAGCGGAGAAUAAAGGGAGACGUUUAUUAUUACAGUUAAUAGACAGAUGGCAUUGGCGUUGUCUCCCAUAGCCAAAUUCUCCCCUGCUGCGUGUAGGGCUGUUGAUUGACAGCGGAGGGACUGAGGCAGAUAUUUUCCUGAAUAAAGGUUUAUUCUUUAAGAUGCAUCCUGUGUCAGCUGCAAAGCUGAAACCAGGCUUCCAGGGGGUGUUCACUAGUCAUCCCCUGUCACAGUGGCCUUUCAAUCGUCUUGCUAAUCAUCACAUCCUCUUUGAUAUGAGGAGGUGCUUGAGUACAUGGACCAAUGACCAGAAUGUUGCUCAUCCAAAUCUCCAAGCACACUGUUGUUGGAACCCUGAGAGAGUUGACAUACAGUUGAAGUCGGAAGUUUACAUACACCUUAGCCAAAUACAUUUAAACUCAGUUUUUCACAAUUCCUGACAUUUAAUCCUAGUAAAAAUUCCCUGUCUUAGGUCAGUUAGGAUCACCACUUUAUUUUAAGAAUGUGAAAUGUCAGAAUAAUUUAUUUCAGCUUUUAUUUCUUUCAUCACAUUCCCAGUGGGUCAGAAGUUUACAUACCCUCAAUUAGUAUUUGGUAGCAUUGCCUUUACAUUCUUUAACUUCGGUCAAAUGUUUCGGGUAGCCUUCCACAAGCUUCCCACAAUAAGUUGGGUGAAUUUUGGCCCAUUCCUCCUGACAGAGCUGGUGUAACUGAGUCAGGUUUGUAGGCCUCCUUGCUCGCACACGCUUUUUCAGUUCUGCCCACACAUUUUCUAUAGGAUUGAGGUCAGGGCUUUGUGAUGGCCACUCCAAUACCUUGACUUUGUUGUCCUUAAGCCAUUUUGCCACAACUUUGGAAGUAUGCUUGGGGUCGAUUUGGAAGACCCAUUUGCGACAAAGCUUUAACUUCCUGACUGAUGUCUUGAGAUGUUGCUUCAAUAUAUCCACAUAAUUUUCCUUCCUCAUGAUGCCAUCUAUUUUGUGAAGUGCACCAGUCCCUCCUGCAGCAAAGCACCCCCACAGCAUGAUGCUGCCACCCCCGUGCUUCACAGUUGGGAUGGUGUUCUUCGGCUUGCAAGUAACCCCCUUUUUCCUCCAAACAUAACAUGGGUCAUUAUGGCCAAACAGUUCUAUUUUUGUUUCAUCAGACCAGAGGACAUUUCUCCAAAAAGCAUGAUCUUUUUCCCCAUGUGCAGUUGCAAACCGUAGUUUGGCUUUUUUAUGGCGGUUUUUGGAGCAGUGGAUUCUUCCUUGCUGAGCGGCCUUUCAGGUUAUGUUGAUAUAGGACUCAUUUUACUGUGGAUAUAGAUAUUUUUGUACCUGUUUCCUCCAGCAUCUUCACAAGGUCCAUUGCUGUUGUUCUGGGAUUUAUUUGCACUUUUCGCACCAAAGUACGUUCAUCUCUAGGAGACAGAACGUGUCUCCUUCCUGAGCGGUGUGACGGCUGCGUGGUCCCAUGGUGUUUAUACUUGCGUACUAUUGUUUGUACAGAUGAAUGUGGUACCUUCAGGCGUUUGAAAAUUGCUCCCAAGGAUGAACCAGACUUGUGGAUGUCUACAAUUCUUUUUCUGAGGUCUUGGCUGAUUUAUUUUGAUUUUCCCAUGAUGUCAAGCAAAGAGGCACUGAGUUUGAAGGUAGGCCUUGAAAUACAUUCCACAGGUACACCUCCAAUUGACUCAAAUUAUGUCAAUUAGCCUAUCAAAAGCUUCUAAAGCCAUAACAUCAUUUCCUGGUUUAAAGGCACAGUCAACUUAGUGUAUGUAAACUUCUUACCCACUGGAAUUGUGACACUGUGAAUUAUAAGUGAAAUAAUCUGUCUGUAAACAAUUGUUGGAAAAAUUACUUCUGUCAUGCACAAAGUAGAUGUCCUAACUGACUUGCCAAAACUAUAGUUUGUUAACAAGAAAUGUGUGGAGUGGUUGAAAAACGAGUUUUAAUGACUCCAACCUAAGUGUAUGUAAACUUCCAACUUCAACUGUAAAUCAUCUGUUAAGGGAAGAUGAUGCUAGCUAUUAAGUCUGUUAUCUAUAUUUCGCUGUGGGAACAAUCCUACCACAACGAUUCUCUCUGUAUGCUGAUGUCUUUAUCUUGGGAGAGGAAAACAUGUCUGUAUGCCUCUGUUUACGCUUAACAUCGGCUUUAUAAUCCUUCCCCAAACAGCCAUUAUUUGUGAUUCAUAUCUGUCAUGUGAUGAUGGAAUUUUUUUCAGCCCUCUUUGGGUCUAUGCCAAACCUGUAUUGUCCUAACAGAGCACAAGCACACACAAUAAUCAACAUCCACACAUACAGGAUCUAACACAUCUAUCAUGUGCCACUGUCAUUCUCUCUGUGCCAACACCACUCUGUUGUUACACCUCAGAUCCUGGAUGUGCGGAAUGUGCUGGUGGUUGUGUCUCGCUGGUAUGGAGGGAUUCUGCUGGGUCCAGACCGUUUCAAACACAUCAACAACUCUGCCAGAAACAUCCUGGUCCAGGAGGGAUACACUUCCUCUGCGGUGAGACCCUCUCUCCUUAUUAGUAAGGUGUACAAGUACGUUUAGUGACUUCAGUCUGAAUGUUGAACAAGACCUUGGAAGUAAUUCAAAAUGAAUACUGUGUGCGAAAUGAAUCUUACAUCUAUAUUUAAGUUUAAAUGUUUGUUUGUAAUCAAGCUUGAUGCAGAAUUGUUUUUGCGUUCCUCGUUUUUGGAAGCUUUUGACAUAAGCAGGCAUAUACAGUACAUAGAACCUAAUCUGAAAGUCUAAUGGUUCUUUCCCCUCUACUUAUCUGAAACAAUUGUUAUUUAUGGAAAGUGGGAUUGGUUCAGAGCGGAUUGGAUUUUCUACUCUGAGUUAAACUGAAUGAUGUUCUGUUUCCCCUCAUUUCUGUGCAAAUGAGGUCUUUGAAACAGGUGGCAAGAUUGUCAUGGUUAAAAAGAUGCUGGCACUCUAUUGUUCCUCUGUGUCUGUAGUCUUUACCUAAUUAUCUCCUUAAAUAAAAACAUCAGUUCAUUCAGAACAGUUAUUAUUUUUUACUUUUUAUAAGUCAAUAACACUUGGGCAUAUAACCAAUUGAAGAUGGUGUCCAACUUUCCAAUUUGUUGUCAUUAUUGUUGUUAUUAAUAUGGAAAGCCCUUAGCUUGUGUCUCUGAAGGAAAUUAUGCAUGACCCCUUUAGAUCCUCCAGAAUCACCUUAAUGACUGCUUCUCUGUUAUUGUUUUAUGGUGCAGCACGAUGGGAACCAUUCAGUCACAAACUAGAGGUCAUGUGCUAUAGUAGUGGCAGAGUGCCACUGAAUAUCUUAAAGGGAUACUUUGGGAUUUUGGCAAUGAGGCCCUUUAUAUACUUCCCCAGAGUCAGAUGAACUAGUGCAGGGUUCCCCAACUGGUGGCCCCAAGUAUUCUGAGCCAAAAUUUAAAAAAUGUUUUAUUGUUGUACAUAAGACUGUCAAAACACCAGGAAAUCAGCUCCAAGUGAUUUUAAUUUAAGAAAUCUGUUCACAAGUAUUCCCACGCAUAAUAGAGAGACACGUGAUCGUAUACAAAUGUAAGCAAUGUUUGAAAUGAUUUUGUUUUAGUCAAACAUUUAUAUCUGUUUGGGCUUCUUGCGGUCAAUUUGCAAUCUACACAUUUUUUGUAAUUAUGUUCCGGCCCUCUGACCAUCCGGUCAAUAAAUAUCUAGUUGAGGAUCCCUGAACUAGUUGAUACCAUUUUUAUGUUUCUGUGUCCAGUAUGAAGGAAGUUAGAGGUAGUUUUGUGAGCCAAUGCUAAGUAGCGUUGACAGGAAGUCUACGGGUAUCUGCUAGAAUGCUAGUAGAUACCCAUAGACUUCCAGUUAUUGCACGCUAGUUAGCACUGACUCGCGAAACUACCUCUAACUUUAAACAUACUGGACACAGAGACAUAAAAAUGGUUUCCACAAGUAAUCUGUCUCUGCGAAAGAAGAUAAAGGGCCUCAUUGACAAAAUCCCAAAGUAUCCCUUUAAGUAUAAGUAUGGGAGUGGAAGCUUUUCAUGUUUGUGUCCCACUUCCAUUUACCAUUCACUACACACAAUAACCAAAUCCCAAACCAUGCUGACAUGAGAUGAAACGGCAUCAAAUAUCAAAUGACUGUGUGCAGUGCCAACAGCUCCAUUUUCAAUGGAGUAGCAACUGGUCUCAAACAAGUUUAAGUACCUGUUCUGACAGAGCUGACUGAAACCUCUUAAAAAGGGAAUAAAUCAUUGUUUCAGAUCUAUUCAGGCCCAGAAAGUGGUUCCGGGAAAUAAUCAUACUGCUAAAAAAGUGAAGAGGACGUGCCUUCCACAACUAUGCUCAUUAUAGCUUGCAAAUAGGUUGUCCAAUGUGACAAUAUUGUUACUCUUUCUAAUAGAAGUCUAGGUUGGGCAGCAAUUUGUUUUGCUAAAUUGCCAAGUAUGCUUAUGGUUCACGAGAUUGCAAUUUUCACGCUUGAUUUAAUGAAACUUUAUACGUUUGCCUUGCUGUGAAGCGGUUGUAUGAUUUAACAAUCAAUACAUUGUAAUUAUCACCAGUUUAGCUGUACAGAGUGAGCUUAGCAGGAAGCCAAACAUGAGGCUUCAGACUAAAUAGACAGCUUUGGCUAAGAUAUGGGUGCACUAUUGCUUCGGUAGCGAGUAAACCAUUGCACUGCUUCUUAGGGCUGGUACAAUUACCGUAUAACCAAUUUCUGAGGUUUGGGAUGAGUUGGACCACAGAGUGAAGGAAAAGCAGCCAACAAGUGUUCAGCAUAUGUGGGAACUCCUUCAAGACUGUUGGAAAAGCAUUCCAGGUGAAGCUGGUUGAGAGAAUGCCAAGAGUGUGCAAAGCUGUCAUCAAGGCAAAGGAUGGCUACUUUGAAGAAUCUCAAAUUUAAAAUAUAUUUUGAUUUGUUGAACACUUUUUUGGUUACUACAUGAUUCCAUAUGUGUUAUUUCAUAGUUUUGAUGUCUUCACUAUUAUUCUACAAUGUAGAAAAUAGUAAAAAUAAUGAGAAACCCUUGAAUUAGUAGGUGUGUCCAAACCUCUGACUGGUACUGUAUAUUUAAAAAUAAAUCUAUUUUAUUUAGAAAAAUAUUUUUGGGGAUUUCUUUAUGUAAAAAUAAUGAUUUUAUGAAUAUCGCUAGCUGUAACAUAAUACCAUUGUGGAUACCAUUUUUAUGUCUCUGCAUCCAGUAUGAAGGACAUUAGAGGUAGUUUCACGAGCCAAUAGCUGGAAGUUUACAGGAACAGUUAGCAUGCUCUGACUCUGGGGAAGUAGAUACAGUGCUUUCGGAAAGUAUUCACAUUUUCCACAUUGUUACAUUAGCCUAAUUCUAAAAUUGAUUAAAUAAAUAAAUACAUCUCAUCAAUCUACACACAAUACCCCAUAAUGACAAAGCGAAAAAAACAGGUUUUUAGAAAUGUUUGCAAAUGUAUUUCAAAUAAAGAAAACAGGAAUACCUUAUUUACAUAAGUAUUCAGACCCUUUGCUAUGAGACUUGAAAUUGAGCUCAGGUGCAUCCUGUUUCCAUUGCUCAUCCUUCAGAUUUUUCUACAACUUGAUUGGAGUCCACCUGUGGUAAAUUCAAUUGAUUGGACAUGAUUUGGAAAGGCACACACUUCAAAUUUUCCCUGAGGUUGCUACAACCUAGCCUAUGAAUGAAAGUUUACAACGUAGGUGCACAGGUCGAGAGAAUCUUGAGUAAUCAAGGUGACAGACAGUGACACAUUCAAUACCGCCUUGCACACUCUUGCCCGCAUCUAUCUAGCUGAUCUAGGGUGUAAUCAUUAGUCCAACAGUUGCAAAUGAGAGUUUCUAUUGGACAAAUUCAGGUAUGUUUAUCCCCGUUUCGUUACGUUGGCUUCCGUUUAAGAAAUGUUUUUCAACAGAAUCGGCAGAAUGAAUACACCCCUUAUCACACGCAAACACAGUUCACUUUUAUAGCAGCCACACACAUAACAACAGCAUGAUCACUUUGCUCAUUGUAUAUAUACAGUGGGGAAAAAAAGUAUUUAGUCAGCCACCAAUUGUGCAAGUUCUCCCACUUAAAAAGAUGAGAGAGGCAUGUAAUUUUCAUCAUAGGUACACGUCAACUAUGACAGACAAAAUGAGGAAUAAAAAUCCAGAAAAUCACAUUGUAGGAUUUUUAAAGAAUUUAUUUGCAAAUUAUGGUGGAAAAUAAGUAUUUGGUCAAUAACAAAAGUUUCUCAAUACUUUGUUAUAUACCCUUUGUUGGCAAUGACACAGGUCAAACGUUUUCUGUAAGUCUUCACAAGGUUUUCACACACUGUUGCUGGUAUUUUGGCCCAUUCCUCCAUGCAGAUCUCCUCUAGAUCAGUGAUGUUUUGGGGCUGUCGCUGGGCAACACGGACUUUCAACUCCCUCCAAAGAUUUUCUAUGGGGUUGAGAUCUGGAGACUGGCUAGGCCACUCCAGGACCUUGAAAUGCUUCUUACGAAGCCACUCCUUCGUUGCCCGGGCGGUGUGUUUGGGAUCAUUGUCAUGCUGAAAGACCCAGCCCGUUUCAUCUUCAAUGCCCUUGCUGAUGGAAGGAGGUUUUCACUCAAAAUCUCACGAUACAUGGCCCCAUUCAUUCUUUCCUUUACACGGAUCAGUCGUCCUGGUCCCUUUGCAGAAAAACAGCCCCAAAGCAUGAUGUUUCCACCCCCAUGCUUCACAGUAGGUAUGGUGUUCUUUGGAUGCAACUCAGCAUUCUUUGUCCUCCAAACACGAAGAGUUGAGUUUUUACCAAAAAGUUAUAUUUUGGUUUCAUCUGACCAUAUGACAUUCUCCCAAUCCUCUUCUGGAUCAUCCAAAUGCACUCUAGCAAACUUCAGACGGGCCUGGACAUGUACUGGCUUAAGCAGGGGGACACGUCUGUCACUGCAGGAUUUGAGUCCCUGGCGGCGUAGUGUGUUACUGAUGGUAGGCUUUGUUACUAGGUCCCCCUGUGUGGUUCUGGAAUUUUUGCAUUUUGACCCCACGGGGUGAGAUCUUGCGUGGAGCCCCAGAUCGAGGGAGAUUAUCAGUGGUCUUGUAUGUCUUCCAUUUCCUAAUAAUUGCUCCCACAGUUGAUUUCUUCAAACCAAGCUGCUUACCUAUUGCAGAUUCAGUCUUCCCAGCCUGGUGCAGGUCUACAAUUUUGUUUCUGGUGUCCUUUGACAGCUCUUUGGUCUUGGCCAUAGUGGAGUUUGGAGUGUGACUGUUUGAGGUUGUGGACAGGUAUAUUUUAUACUGAUAACAAGUUCAAACAGGUGCCAUUAAUACAGGUAACGAGUGGAGGACAGAGGAGCCUCUUAAAGAAGAAGUUACAGGUCUGUGAGAGCCAGAAAUCUUGCUUGUUUGUAGGUGACCAAAUACUUAUUUUCCACCAUAAUUUGCAAACAAAUUCAUUAAAAAUCCUACAAUGUGAUUUUCUGUAUAUAUAAUCCUUCUCGCAACUACGAGCUCUCCUCCUCUCACCUUUUCACUUCGCUUGUGCACUUCAGUACACAACACAUAAGCUGUCUGUGACCAGGCGAAAAAACCUUUCCAAGCCAAACCUUCAUAUCAUGACCGCUAACCGUUACACACAGCCUACAUCGUUGUCACGUCAUAGUCAACUAGAACUACUAGAACUAAUGCGUUAGUAAACCCGCUACAAUCAUGCAGUACAGUGUACAGUCAGAAAGCCAGUUUAGCAGUUACACCGGCGGGCCCCGGUGGCAAUAAAUUAAUAAAACCAAAAGCUUACCUUGACUUGGAAGAGUUCCAGUGUUGGAUAGCCAUAGCCAGCUACCUAACAUUGCAUCCCUCUCUGUUUGAGCCGGGUGUUUGAGUUUGAGUAGGCUAAACUAGCUCGCUGCAUUAGCUAGCUAAGUGAAAGUGAAAUUUAACAAAAACUCACCACAUUUUAUGCACUGCACUGCUAGCUAGCUGUAGCUGUAGCUUUCAGUACAUUAUCUGGUCCUUUAAUUGGGUGGACAACAUGUCAGUUCAUGCUGCAAGAGCUCUGAUAGGAUGGAGGACAUCCUCCGGAAGUGGUCAUAAUUACUGUGUAAGUCUAUGGAAGGGGGUGAGAACCAUGAGCUUCCUAGGAUUUGUAUUGAAGUCAACAUACCCAGAGGAGGACAGAAGCUAGCUGUCCUCCGGCUACACCAUUGUGCUACCCUAAAGAGUGCUGCUGAGGAGCCUCCACUGAAGAAAACCCUCUGAGUUCUAUUAGAUAGCUAUGGCAUAGGUUGAAAAGCCAUAAAACAUACGUUUUCUCAACAACAGGUUAUGGUCAAUAAUAUCAAAGGCUGCACUAAAAUCGAACAUUACAGCUCUCACAAUCUUCUUAUUAUCAACCAAUCAUCAGUCAUUUGUGUCACUGCAGUACAUGUUGCGUGCCCUUCUCUAUAAGCAUGCUGAAAGUCUGUUGUGAAUUUGUUUACAGAAAAAUAGCAUUGUAUUUGGUCAAACACCAUUUUUUCCAACAGUUUGCUAAGAGCUGGCAGCAAGCUGAUAGGUCUGCUGUUAAAACAAGUGAAGGCCGCUUUACCAUUCUUGGUUAGGGGAAUGACUUGGGCUUCCCUCCAUGCCUGAGGACAAACACCUUCCUCUAGGCUCAGAUUAAAGAUAUGACAGAUAGGAGUGGCCAUAGAGUCAGCUACCAUCCUCAGUAGCUUUCCAUCUAAGUUGUCAAUGCCAGGAGGUUUGUCAUUAUUGAUCGAUAACAAUACUUUUUCCACUUCUCCCACACUAACUUUACAAAAUUAAAAUUUAAAAUUAUUUUAUUUUGUAAUUUGUUUUAUUAAUGCAUGAAUACGAUGGCUUACAGUUCGUUGUUGGCAUUUCUUGCUGAAUUUUGCCCACUUAGCCAAUGAAGUAAUGAUUAAAAUAAUUGGCAACAUCAAAUGGUUUUGUGACGAAUAAGCCAUCUGAUUCGAUGAAAGAUGGAGUUGAAUUUGUCUUUCUGCCCAUAAUGUCAUUUAAAGUACUGCAAAGUUUGUUUUUCAUCAUUCUUUAUAUCAUUGAUCUUGGCUUCAUAAUACAGUUCUUCUUUUUGUUGAGUUAAUUUCUCAAUUUGCAGUAAGUCAGCAAGUCAGACUUAUUAGCCACUUCUUUUGGCCCAUCUCUUUCAACCGUACAGUUUUUCAAUUCCUCAUCAAUCCAUGGAGCCUUAACAGUUCUAACAGUCAGUUUCUUAACAGGUGCAUGUUUAUCAAUAAUUGGAAGAAGCAAUUUCAUAAAUUCAUGUAGUGCAGCGUCUGGAUGCUCCUUAUAUUUUAAACAUAAUCCACAUAAGAGUCACAGAUAAAUCUUAUACACUAUUUUAGGCCCAGCUUUUGGAACUUUGGCUCUCCUAGAUAUAGCCACUAUAUUGUGAUCACUGGAUCCAAUGGGUACGGAUACAGCUUUAGAACAAAGUUCUACAGUAUUAGUAAAAAUGUGAUCAAUACAUGUGGAUGAUCUUGUUCCUAUAGUGUUUGUAAACACCCUGGUAGGUCGAUUUAAUAACCUGAACCAGAUUACAGGCACUGGUUACAGGGAUCCAAACUCAAAAGGUAGCUAGCUAGUAACCAAACCUUUUAUUGAUGUUUAUUUCUUUUUCUAUUAUUAUUCUAAUUAUUAUUAUUUUUAACCCUUUUUCUCCCCAAUUUCAUAGUAUCCAAUUGGUAGUUACAGUCUUGUCUCAUCGCUGCAACUCCCCUACGGACUCAGGAGAGGCGAUGGUCGAGAGCCAUGCGUCCUCCGAAACACGACCCUGCCAAGCCGCACUGCUUCUUGACACACUGCUCGCUUAACCCGGAUGCCAGCCGCACCAAUGUGUCGGAGGAAACACCGUCCAACUGAUGACCGAAGUCAGCUUGCAGGCGCCUGGCCUGCCACAAGGAGUCGCUAGAGCAUGAUGAGACUUUCAAUAGAUCACUUCUUCAAAGACUUUAAAAACUUUCCAAAACAACAAACCGAGCUCUCCCUUGUUCAGCGAGUUGUCUGGCCAAUGUGGUCUUCUUGUGGAAUAAUGAAUGCAACAUGGUGGUUACACAUCUCAUUUCCUGAUUCAGAUCAGGGGAAUAUGCGUAGUAAGGUGAAACAUUGGUAUCCAUUUGCUAUGCAACUACACUGAAGGCGUAUACAUCUAAUACACUGAUUAUCAUUUAUAAGGUAUACAACUCGCUGGUUGGGGAUAAUUACUGUAUGUUUUCCAGCUUUGUAAUGAAGUGGUGCUCUUCAUCUUUUCUAUUUUCCCUCUUUUAUUCAAUGUUCUUUCUUUUAUUGUUUUGCAGGAUGAGGCAACCAAAGCUGGAUUGAAGAACAAAAAGUCAAAAAGCAAGAAGACAAAGUAAAAGUGAUAUCCUCUGAAUGCUAGUCAGUGGCAAUGCUCUCUUUAAUAUUGUUGAAAGGUUUACAGAAAGGAACAGACAUUUCUGACCUCUAUGAGGACUUCAAUCUCAAAAACGUUUUGUUGUGCCUUAAACUGAAAAUGGGAAUUUCAUGGCAAUUAAUUUAUGUAAUUUUUGUGUCGAACGUUACAGUAAGCCCAUCUGCUCAUCACCAUAAUGAAAACUGAUUAUGUGAGUCAUUUCUAUUAAUAAAAAAAGGGCUGCAUACAUGACUAGGAAAAUGCAUUAAUUUGUUGUAAAUCUGAUUUUCCUUCUCAGAACAUACAGUGGGGGAAAAAAGUAUUUAGUCAGCCACCAAUU